UAUUGCAUCUUCGAUCAUCACGCAAGAUAAACUUGGUCGAGGUCGUCGCGGAAGAUCAAGGAAGGCGGGGCAAAUAUAUUUGGUACGCAUACAAUUUUCUCCCAUUCAUUCUACUAUUCAACUGUAGCAUGUGCAUGACGGGUGUUGGAACGGUUCAAACUGCACGAUACAUUGGAGAAUGCCAGGAUCUGGAAUCCAAGAAAAAUGUUUAAUAAACGGGCGGUCAAGAUUUGAAGGCAAAGAUCCUCACGACGUUGCCUACAACCGUUUUCUUCUAAACGAGCAGCACCAACGCAAACUUUCCGGUACCAUGGCGACCAUGAAUGGCACGGGCAUCCAUGCCAACGGUGACAGCGACAUUGUGGAGAGGAGGAAGCUGCGGGUCUGCGUCUCGACCACCAACCGAGCGGAUUAUUCCAAGCUAGGUAACAUCAUGCAAUCCAUUCAAGAAGACGAAGACCUUGAGUUAUCGACCAUUGUCUUAGGAUGUCAUCUCAUCGAUGAUUAUGGAGAUGUGUAUAUUGUGGCUGAGAAAUAUAUUAAAGGUUCCAGACCAUCUACCUAUCGAUUGAUUGAGAAAGAUGGCUUCACGAUUGACAGUCGGCUCCACACCAUCGUCAGAGGGGAAGAUGAAGCAGCUAUGGUGGAAUCGGUGGGUCUCGCCAUGGUCAAGCUCCCCGACAUCAUGCUCCGCCUUAAACCCGACGUCCUCAUCGUCCACGGGGACCGAUUUGACGUUCUCUCGUUAGCCGCCUGCGCCGCUCUCAUGAACAUUCGCAUUGUCCACGUAGAAGGUGGAGAGGUUAGCGGCACAAUAGACGAUAGCAUCAGACAUACCAUCUCAAAGCUUGCGCACUAUCACGUGUGUUGUACUGAGCGUGCUCACAAGCGUCUUUUGGCAAUGUGCGAGGAUAAUGACAGGAUACUGCUGGCAGGAUGUCCGUCAUACGACAGGUUAUUAAGUGCAGAUGUGAAAAACUGUCAGCACAUAUUAGACAAAUGGCUGAAGGGUAAGGGCAAGCCCAAAGAAUACAUAGUAGCCGUACAGCAUCCCGUGACCACAAAUAUUGUUGACUCUCUGAAGAUGUACAGUCUUAUGGUUGAUGCCUUGAUGGAAUUCAACAAGCAUGUCCUGAUGCUGUUCCCAAACAUUGAUGCAGGAAGCAAAGACAUCGUUCGAAUCAUGCGGCAGAAGGGGGUGGAGACCAACCCCAUGUUCUUUCCUGUCAAGCAUAUACCGUUUGAAGAAUUCAUCAUCUUAGUCGCCAAUGCAGGGUGUAUGAUCGGGAACAGCAGUGCGGGAGUCAGAGAAGCUGGAGCGUUUGGUACACCGGUAGUCAACCUAGGAUCAAGGCAAACAGGGAGAGAAACAGGUGAAAAUGUGUUACACUGUCGAGAUGCGGAUACCAAAGAAAAGAUACACCAUGCUCUAGAAAUCCAAUACCAAAGACACUUCCCUCCAUCUUACAUCUAUGGGGAUGGGCAUGCAGUACCAAGAAUCAUCAAGUUCUUAAAAUCAAUCAAAAAGGAUGAAGCCAUCCAGAAACAGUUCAUCUUCCCACCCAUGCCAGAGAGCCCCAGCAUAGACAUCGAUCACAUCCUAGAGACGCAGAGUGCCCUCGCUGUUGAUAUGGGAGGAACGCAGCUCCGGGUGGCUUUGAUAGCUGCAGAUGGUGAAGUUAAAUUGAGGAAAUCCAAGUUAACACCCCACACAACCAAUGAAGAAAGAAUAAAAGCACUUCUGGAGCUUCUCUUAGAAGCAAUGCAGGAGAGUUAUUCCCUUAACUGCAGAGUUCUGGGUGUCGGCAUCAGUACUGGAGGCAGGGUAAAUUCUAAGGAAGGACUUGUCAUGCAUUCAACAAAAGCCAUAGCAGGAUGGGACGAGAUUGAUCUCCGAACACCAAUAGAAACUACCCUUCACCUCCCCGUCUGGGUGGAUAAUGAUGGUAACUGUGCCGCUCUGGGAGAGAGAAAGUUUGGACUGGGCAAAGGGGUCAAAGAUUUCAUCACCAUAGCAACAGGAACAGGUAUCGGCGGAGGAAUAGUCUUAGACAAGCAUCUGAUCCAUGGCACCAACUUCUGCGCUGCCGAGCUUGGCCAUAUGAAGGUAUCCCUGGAUGGCCCUGCCUGCCAGUGUGGAAGCCAUGGGUGUGUGGAGGCCUACAGCUCAGGCAUGGCUCUCCAGAGAGAAGCCAUCAAGCUGCAUGAAGCUGGAGAACUUCUUGUAGAUGGCAUGAUUCUAGAAAAGGGCGAGGAGAUCACUGCUAAACAUCUCAUACAAGCUUCCAACCAUGGAAAUCUAAAAGCUAAGAAGACACUGGAGACAGGUGCCCGAGCCCUUGGGAUAGCCAUCACAUCCCUUCUCCAUGUCUUGAACCCAAGCCUUGUCAUCUUGUGCGGUGUCCUGUCCAGCGUGUACCUGGAACCCGUCAAAGAAGCGGUAACCUCCCACAGUCUCCCCUCGGCAAUGUCCGAUGUGGAAAUCGUCAGUUCACACUUGACAGAUUCGGCCCUGCUCGGUGCUGCAAGCCUGGUGUUGGAAUACGCCACAAGGAGAACGUAUUGAUGUGAAAGAGCCUUGGACAUAGAACACUUGGUUGCAUUUGCAUGGCACUCAUUCAGUCUAUUGCAUCUAUCUGCAAUUCUAUCAGCGUGAAUGAUUAAAAAAAGAAAUGUACUAUUAUGAGAAUGUAUGAUUGUUUCGAAUUUUUAUUGGUGUAUAUUGCUUGCUUGAUAUGAGAAUCCUUUUUUAUAUUUUGUGCGAUCCAUGCCAGUUUUCCAGAGACUUAGGUAUAACCGUCUUUAGUGAGAUUUAACCGAACAAUUACAGGUAAUCGUCAGCAUCUUUGUAGUUUAUGUUGCUGACAACUAUACCUUAACCCACCGUACAGUCCCACCACGUUAUCUUCUUGUUUCGGGAGUAUUUGCAAUAUUGAAAAGUCUAGACAAUUUUGAAGACUGAGGGUCCAAAGCUCAGUGCAUAAAAAAAUUGUAUCAAUAGUAACUACCAUCAUUGCUCAACGACCAAUCACAUCACAGUUUCUUGGUUACCUACCAUUUGAUGGCAAAGUAAAUAUUGAUGGUAAUUUUGACACAAUGAAUCCGUAGACAGAAAAGAAAAACCUUUUACUAUAUUUCAUCCUCACAAGAGGUGAGUCAUAGUUGUUAAUAAAAAUUAUUGGCGUCAAUCCAGGGGCCCGCUUUACGUUGGGAUUAAUCUAAAAUGGAAUUCAAUUUGAUUUGAGAUCAAUCUGUAGAUGAGUCUAAUUGAAAUCAAUUAUACUUCUUUAAGAGAGCCUUUCUAUAAAUCCCCCUUUUUCAAGUGAAAUCCCACCCUGAAACAUCGAUAAUUAUUUCUGCAUUAUCAUUCUUGGUUUUCCCCGCUAUUAUAUUUGUUUCUUUUGCUCAGGUAAUACUGUUGUGAAAAUCAUGAAUGGAAUAUUUACAUUGAUCAAAAUUGAAUUGUCGAUACAGACUUUAUUUAAUUUCAUCAAUAUGCUUGUGACAAUCUGAUGAACUUUCAUUUAAAAAACAUUUUUUUAA